GUGCUCUGUAACAGAGCAAGAUUGGUCACCUACCUCCCAGGGUUUUAUUCCUUAGUCAAAAGAGUUGUAAACCCCAAGACUUUUUCCACAGCAGGUUCCUCUGGCUCAGAUGAGCCUCAUGUGGCUGCUGCACCUCCUGAUUUAUGUCCAAGGACUGUGUGGCCAGAUGAAGUGAUGGGUCCGUUUGGGCCUCAGGACCAGAGGUUCCAGCUGCCUGGCAACAUUGGCUUUGACUGUCACCUCAAUGGCACUGCUUCCCAGAAGAACACCCAAGCCUCAAAGACCUUGCCUGAUAUCUUAGCAGAGCCUUCAGCAAGUGAAAGGCAUGAAUUUGUGAUGGCACAGUACAUCCAUGAGUUCCAGGGUUCUGAUGCUCCACAGAAGCAGCAAAUCAACACUGCUGAAACAUACUUUGAAAAUGCCAAGGUGGAAUGUGCAGUACAAGCUUGUCCUGAGCUGCUUCGGAAAGACUUUGAGUCCAUGUUCCCAGAGGUCAGUGCCAACCGGUUAACUGUGCUAACUGUCACCCAGAAGACCAAAAAUGACAUGACUGUGUGGAGUCAGGAGGUGGAGGAUGAGAGGGAGAUGCUCCUAGAGAAUUUCAUUAAUGGUGCCAAGGAAAUCUGCUAUGCAAUUUCUGCUGAGGGCUACUGGGCUGACUUCAUUGAUCCUUCCUCAGGACUGGCAUUCUUUGGGCCUUACACCAACAACACUCUGUUUGAGACAGACGAGCGCUACCGACACUUGGGCUUUGCUGUGGAUGACCUUGGCUGCUGCAAAGUCAUCCGUCACAACAUCUGGGGCACUCACGUGGUUGUUGGAAGCAUCUUCACCAAUGCUGAGCCUGACAGCCCCAUCAUGAAAAAACUAAGUGGCAACUAGGAGUCCUCAGGGUAGCCCAAGUUCUUAUGACCUUUGAAUUCGUUGACUUGAUGAUUCUCUCUCAGCAUGGUCAGGAAAUGCCACACUUGGAAGUGUUCUUAGAUAAUAAAGUAGCUGUUAUUU